UCCCAAAGGCAUACUAUCACUUCCUUGGUUGGAGCAGAAAGUUCUCGCAAAAGAAAAACAUUGGUCUUUUAUUGCUUCCUAUUUUCAGAUACCGGACAGAGAAAUUCGUUAUAUCAAUACAUAAUGACAACAAUCAAUUAUAGUAAAUGGGAUCACAUUGAGAUCAGUGAUGAUGAAGAUGAUACACAUCCCAAUAUUGAUACAGCAAGUUUGUAUCGAUGGAAGCAUGAUGCUAGAUUGGAGAGAAUGGCACAAGCUCAACAAAAAAAGGAGUCAUUCGAAAAAGGAUAUUUAAGUCAUAAACAAAAAUUGGAAGAAGUAAAAAGGAAAUUGAAAGAAGCAGAUGCAAAACGUGAGUUGUCAGCAGACUUAGAAAAACUGAAAAUAGAAAUGUCUGAUUUAGAAAAACAGGAAGCUGAAUGGAAAAAGAAAGAAGAGGAACUAAUGAAAGAAGAAAAGCUAACCCCAUUAAAUAUUGAUACUAUCUGUAAAGAAGGCAUGUCUAAAACUUUAAUAAAUAAAGCCCCUCCACCACCUAAACAACUUACAGAUGAAGAAAAAGCUGAUAGACAGAAAAUAUUUGUGGACAAACAUAAAAGCGAAAUAAAGAAAUACGGUAUGAUGCAGAAAUAUGAAGACAGUCAGCAAUAUUUAAGUGAUAAUUUACACCUUGUAUGUGAAGAAACAGCCAACUAUUUAGUCCUGUGGUGUAUAGACUUGGAAAUAGAGGAGAAACAUGAUUUAAUGAACCAUGUAUCACAUCAGGUGAUUGUUAUGCAGUUUAUUUUGGAAUUGGCAAAAUCAUUAGAACGUGAUCCAAGGAGCUGUGUAAGAGCCUUCUUUUCAAGAAUAAAGAUUGGAGAGAAACAAUAUCAGGAUGCAUUCAAUGAUGAAUUAGAAGCCUUUAAAUCUAGAAUACGUUCUCGAGCUAAAGCAAAAAUUGAUGAAGCAGUGAAAGAAUAUGAGGAAGAAGAAAGAAAGAAAAGGUUAGGACCUGGUGGAUUAGAUCCAGUAGAUGUGAUGGAAACCUUACCUGAAACAUUACGCGAGUGCUUUGAAAAACAAGAUAUUGAAUUGUUAAAAACACGAAUUUUAGAAAUCCCUAAAGAGGAAGCUGAAUAUCAUAUUAAACGUUGUAUCGAUUCUGGUUUAUGGGUACCAAACCCAAAUGAUAAAAACAUUACACAAGAUGAUCAAGAUGAAGAAGAAGAAGAAUUUUAUGAAGCUGUGGAGUGAUGAUCUAAAUAUUACAAUGUUCGGAUAAAAGACUAUUUUAACUGUUGCAAGAUGUUGUGUUUAAAGACAUUGUUAUUUUAAGAUUGUUCAGUUUGUUGGCAACUGAAAAUUAAAAUAUUCUAUAAUUAUUUUAUCAAAUUAAUAACAACAAUGGGCUAAUAAAUAUUUGAUAUUUUUUUUUCAAAUUGUGACAUUCCUUGAAAACCUUUAAUAUUGCUACCGGUAAAUAUUUGACCGCUUGGUCUUUUUACAGUUGAAUUCGGUUGGAAUUCGAUAUAAGAGUAGGCCGUAGUGCCGCUGUCCGGGCAAAAUUUCCCUCAUAGCACACUGUGUGCCGUAUGCUCGGCUUUAUUAGCCCAGUUGGAGCAAAACAGUUGGACGUUAAACCCUAUUUCAUUUCAUUUAGUUUUAUUACCACAAAUGAUUUAGGGGUAGUCAAACUAUUACUUUGUAUAUUGUGUAAAGCUCUGACUUAUUUACAUAGCAAUUUGAGAAUGACAUCAUUAUAAUGCAUUGUUUUAAGUACCGGUAUAGAUACAGUAUUUGAUAGUCUGUAGACUACUACACAUGACAGUCUAGUACAACAAAUAAGUUUUUUCAGUGUCAAUCUUCCCAAGUCAAGAGUCUUAAAGAUACUUUCCCGCGUACAAACUGUGUGAUUUGAUGAUAUAUUUGGAUUAACAACAUUCAAACUAAUUAAUCUUUCAAAAAUUUGCUUUUUAGUUACCUAAAGACAACUUUUGUAAACAUGUGUAACUUAGCUGCUAUGAGCCUAUGGCCAUGCUUGAUUUGUUCAGCAGUUUCCCCGGCGAGGUGACUUGAUUUAACCGGAAGUCGUAAAAGUUUGGCUGUGGUGUACACCAGAUGCGCCGCUUUGCCGGCAGCGCGGCGAUCACCAGGCAAAAUUCACGUUAUUUAGAAACUCCAUAAAGCACUAAUUUUAAAGCGUUAAAAUUAAACCAGAUGUUUGAAGUUGAAUUGGAGUUUUGUAAAACCAAAUGUUCAUAUGUCAUUUAUUUUUUCUCUGUAAUAUUACUACUAAUAAUUUUCUGCUUAUUUUGCAGUCACUUACUGAUAGUCACACUUUUAAGAAUACUGUUUUUGAUUAAAACAUGUCAUGUAACCAGUUUAAUAUUGUAAUAAUACAGCAUAUUGUUUAUCAGCCUGAUCACUUGAUUUGCUUUGAUCCAGUAACCUGACUGGUGUAUGCCAUGUAGAAACUGGCUCGCCUAUCGGUGGACAAAUCAAGCAGGCCCUAUGUUUCAUAGUCUGGCAGCCUAUUUAUUCAAGUUAACUAGAUUUAUGUGGGGGUAGCUCCAGACGUUUUCAAUUUUGUUUAUAGCAUUACACAAAAAUUGUACUUAUAUAAUGUUCUCAGAAAAUUAAAUCAUGCCUUUUAUAUCAA